CUAAAAUCAACACAGAUAAAACCCGCAAGUGAAGCAUUCACCACGUGACACUUCACGACAGCGAUUGAUGAUGACAACUUCAUCGUGAAACCAUUCUUAUCUUUGAAGAGUGCCUUUUCAUGAUUCAUAAGAGCAAGAAGCUGGAGGGUAAGUCGAAGAAGCAUAAAAAAUAUCUUUGACUAUGGCUGCUCGCAGACUUUCCUGGUUACUCUCUCGGUCUCUCUCUUCCCAUUCUUCUGGAGCUUCUUUGUUUCACUCAUUAGGAAGAAACUCCGGAGGGUGGAGAAACAUCAAUAGAUUUAGCACGUCUGCAGCAGUUGAGGACCUAAUCACUCCACAAGUUCCAAUACGUUAUACACAGCACCUGAUAAAUGGACGAUUUGUGGAUGCUGCAUCAGGGAAAACAUUUCCAGCUUAUGACCCGCGAACGGGAGAAGUGAUUGCUAAUGUUGCUGAAGGGGAUGCUGAAGACAUCAACCGUGCAGUAUCAGCAGCUCGCAAGGCCUUUGAUGAAGGGCCUUGGCCUAAAAUGAGUGCAUAUGAAAGAAGUCGAAUAUUGCUUCGCUUUGCUGAUUUGGUUGAGAAACACAACGAUGAGCUAGCUGCUCUGGAGACAUGGAACAAUGGAAAGCCUUAUGAACAGGCUGCCAAGUCAGAAGUUCCAUUGUUUGUGCGUUUAUUUCACUAUUAUGCUGGUUGGGCGGAUAAAAUUCACGGGUUGACCGUCCCAGCUGAUGGAGAUUAUCAUGUUCAGACAUUGCAUGAACCAGUUGGUGUAGCAGGACAAAUUAUACCUUGGAACUUUCCUUUAAUUAUGUUUGCUUGGAAAGUUGGACCAGCUCUAGCAUGUGGUAAUACCAUUGUCCUGAAGACCGCUGAGCAAACACCACUAACAGCUCUCUUUGUUGCAAAACUAUUUCAUGAGGCUGGUCUUCCGGAAGGUGUUCUGAAUGUAGUUUCUGGGUAUGGUCCAACUGCUGGUGCAGCUCUUGCAAGUCAUAUGGACGUGGACAAGCUAGCAUUUACUGGAUCGACAGAUACUGGAAAAGUUGUACUUGAAUUGGCUGCAAGAAGCAAUCUUAAGCCAGUGACAUUGGAGCUUGGAGGGAAAUCACCUUUCAUAGUGUUCGACGAUGCUGAUGUUGACAAGGCUGUUGAACUUGCACACUUUGCUCUGUUCUUUAAUCAGGGGCAAUGUUGUUGUGCUGGGUCUCGUACUUUUGUACAUGAGCGUGUCUAUGAUGAGUUCUUGGAGAAAUCAAAGAAACGAGCUUUGAGACGUGUUGUUGGAGAUCCAUUCAAGAAAGGUGUUGAACAAGGUCCUCAGAUUGAUGGAGAACAAUUUGAGAAAGUCCUUGGGUACAUAAAGUCUGGGAUUGAAAGCAAUGCUACCCUUGAAUGUGGGGGGGAUAGAUUGGGCUCGAAAGGAUUCUUUAUCCAGCCAACUGUCUUCUCAAAUGUGCAGGAUGACAUGUUGAUAGCACAAGACGAAAUCUUUGGCCCAGUUCAGUCCAUCUUGAAAUUCAAGGACACUGAUGAAGUAAUUGAACGGGCAAAUAGAACACGUUAUGGUCUAGCGGCAGGCGUGUUUACUAAGAACGUGGACACGGCCAACAAAUUGAUGCGGGCACUAAGAGCUGGAACUGUGUGGAUCAAUUGCUUUGAUGUUUUUGAUGCUGCGAUUCCUUUUGGUGGGUACAAGAUGAGUGGUAUUGGCAGGGAGAAAGGAAUCUAUAGUCUUCACAACUACCUCCAGGUGAAAGCUGUUGUCACACCAUUGAAGAAUCCUGCUUGGAUAUAGAUACUCUGUUUCUUCUGUUCCUUCCAGAAUAAACUCUCUCACUGUAUAAAUACUUCGUUUCUUCUCAAUAAAUGAUAUAAUGUCUUUUAUGUUGCAA